AUGGCCUCAGGGGUCUUGGUGCCACAGCGUGGAGAUGACGGCGAAACGAAGGCGUUUCCUCCGCCGCAGCCGCCGCCUCGCACUGCGUUGCGGCCGUUGCUGGCGCGAGGGCUGAAGCCUGUGCUGUCGUCGCGGAAAACUCCGCCAAAGCCACCAGCUGUCAAAGAUCGGGCCAGAAAAGCAGAGCCGCAGAGAGGCUCGGAGGAACUCGGCGAAAAACCUGUAACGGAGGAAACUCCAAGGGCUCCUUGGGAGCCUCGUUUGCCCACGCCACGACUGGCGGAGCGCCGACGUCACUGGCGAAGCAUGAACUCAUCAUCGGGCUCAGCAGAGCAGGAGUUCAGCAUGCGGUCCGUGACAGGCACGCAUUCUGCCAGUGUGACCACAGGCGCUUCAAACUUGUCCAGGACACCAGACAUUUCACCGCUGACGAUGAAUGAGCUGCUAGAUGCUCGCAAGCUGGGCAGCCCGGUUGUCUUUAGAUGCGAGGAUCACUUGAACGCAGUUGAUGGACACUAUCAGGACGUAGCAGAUUUGGCCCGGGAGCGCCAGGAGUACUGCAGCGAGGUGGCCGCGCGGAGCAGACAUGUGGCCGCGCGGUGGCGAGAGGCACGGCAGCGAGAUCAAAAGCUCUUUGAGUUGCAUUACCACCUGCAGGACUGGUCCUUUGCCCAUUCGGUCCUUCCGGAGUCCGCACGACGCACCUUCAGUGCUCCGGGCACAAAGCUGACGCCAGAAGUCCAGGAGGAUGUUCGCGAGGAUGUCAACAAAGAUGAUGCAGAGGCAUUGGAGGACAAGGAGAGGCUCCGGCAGACUAGACUGCAGGCGGUGCUCCGAGUGGGCGAGUUGAUGACCGCCAAGAAAACGUCACGGAAGAUCCAGGAGAAGCUGAAAAAGCUUGGAGGCAAGUGCCGGCAUCAUAAUAGGAGGCAGAAAUCUUCCUCACCGUUGCCCGCUCCGGCCACAACGCCCCCUCCGGCCACAACGCCCCCGUUGUUGGACCAGCCACAGGAGUCGGCGCCAACAGCAACACGGAUGCUCUCUGCUCAGAGCGGCAUGAGGCUUGAUGCCAUGUUCCGCAAGAUCACGGAUAUGAAGUCUUCGGGAAUAGGCGCCUGCCUCUAUGCGGGCCACGUUGGCUUUGUGGCGGGCCUCAAGCAGCAGCACGUGCUGAUGGCGGCCUUUACCAAGUACAACGUCAGCGCCACUGGCUUGCUGGACCAGGCAGAGCUGAUGGACUCCUUGCUGGGACUGGGCCUAAGUCCCAGGAAUGACAUCGAGCGCGAGGAGGUGGCUGCCAUACUUCUCAAUCUGGACAAGUUGCAGUUCACCUUAGAGCAGUAUUGCAAUGAGGUUGUUCCAACCAUCCGGCAGAAGCUGAUUGAAUUGCGGCGGCCAAACCUCCUGAAGCUUUUUAAGAAGUUGGAUACCUAUGAGCGCGGCAAGCUCUCUGUCUCGGAGAUUCUCAGAGCGCUUCUCCUGAACGGACUGGAGAUCUUUGAGGAAGCCUUAAAGGCGGCGCUCAAAGGCUUUGCUCAGAAGACUGGCCGAAGCGAGAAGCUCUUGUCCGUUGGCCUUGGAUUGAUGGACGAGGAGGACUUUGUAGACUUUGUCUGCCUGCAACAGGAGCUGGUGGAGCAGGAGAGAAUCUCAAAGUUCCAGGACCUGGUGACCCGGCUCUCGCUGUCAGAAGAGGAGCAGGAGGUGUGGAAGCACGACUUGGUGAGCUGGCACAUGCGGUUCCAUGAGUACAAUCCGAGCCGGGGGUACUGGGGCCACGUCUCCGGCUUUGUCCAUGAGCAGCAGGUGCUUUUGCUUCUUCGUGACAGUGGCCUCCUGCCCAAGAGUCAACCAAAAAUAUUUCAGAUGAAGGCCAUGCUGCAGAGCAUGCUGCGCGGAGAUGGAACACUCAGCUUUCAUGACUUCUUGAAAAUGGUGAGUCAUCUCAAGGAGCUUGAGAAGGACAAGUUGGGCAAGAUUGUCGACGACACUGACCAGAACUGCUGCGUUCCGGCUAAAGAGGUUAGCACCUUCUUCAGAGCUUGUGGCUUCCUGUCCAAGGCGCAGUCUGAACGGAUGGAGGUUCAGGAUUUGCUGGACCAGGGAGAUGGUCGUGGCAGCAAGUUCUUGGGUCGUGGAGCAAUCAUUGAGCUGUGUAUCAGACUUCAUACCCUUCUCAAGGUGACCGCACUAGAGCGUGAGCGUCAGUAUGUGCUGAACGCGGGUGGAUGGACCGAGCACGACUACAUUGAGUUCAAGCGUGCGUUCCAUCGAUUCGAUGAGGAUAUGUCAGAUGUGCUAGAAAGAGAGGAGCUGGUGCAAGCCAUGGACCUGCUGCGUGGCAGCGCAUGGCGGGCCCUGUCCAGCGUGAACUUGAUGCUAGCGGCAUGCGGAGUUGAUAGUGAGAAGGAAGUCAAGGUGAACCUCAUGUCCUUCCUUCGGCUGCUGAAGCUGGUGGAUGAAGUUGAGACGCGGCACAAUCUGGGAAUCUCCAUGGGAUUCAGCUCCGAGAGGACGGAUGGCCUCUACAGCGCUUUCCAGGCUUUGGACCCGGAAGGCCACGGCUCGGUGCCGAAGUCGCAGGGGGCCCUGGCACUUCGCCCGGUGCAGCUGACGGCUAGCGCGGCGCCAGAUGGCGACCGGGUCCUGAAACUGCCUGGCCUCGAGGGGCCACUCCUCUCGCCAACAUUCUCAGGCUACAUUCCAGCAGGUGAGGAGGAUGGGAAGACCAUGUUUGAGCAUUACAUGUUCUUCGAGAGCGAGGGAGAUCCGAAAAAGGAUCCGCUGAUUAUGUGGACCAACGGUGGGCCUGGGGCCUCAUCUCUGCUGGGAUCCUUCACCGAGCUUGGGCCGUACUUUGUAUCCCAGGACUCCUUGCAAACGCAGGAUUAUCACACAUCAGGCAUUCCGACACUGUUCGAAAAUCCUUUUCGCUGGACAAAGCUUGGAUCGCUGCUCAUUCGAAGCUUGCCGCCGCCAAUUGGAUUCUCCUACUGUGACCCCAUUGGCCCCUCUGGCGAUGGCUACAGCUGUGGCUCCUGGAAUGACACCAAGACUGCGAAGCACAGCUUCACCUUCAUGAAGAAUUGGCUGGCAGCCUUUCCAGAGUAUGGUUCCAAUGACCUCUUCAUCACUGGUGAGUCCUAUGCUGGACUCUAUGUGCCCAUGCUAGUCCAACAAAUCAUGCAGGAUGCAGGACCCUUGGCCGCCAUGUUGAAGGGCUUUGCUGUUGGCGAUGGCUGCCUGGGCGGUCCGGGAGACAGCGGCGGCUGCGUCCCAAGCCUUGGGCGUUACUUCGAUGUGGAGUUCUUCCAUGGCCAUGGGCAGUUUUCAGACAAGACCUACGCUGAAAUCAAGAAAGUCUGCUCUCAUCAGGAGCUUGUGGAUGGAGCCACCAGCGAUGCUUGCAAAGCCGUGCUGAAGAAGAUGGACGCGGAGCGGGGUUAUAGCUUUGAGUACAACCUCUACGAUGAAUGCUAUGACUUCGACCUUGAUUCGGGGCUGACAGGACCAAUCUCCCAGUCACAGAGUGGUGGAAAAUGGCACAUGGAUGGUACACCGUGCGGCGGCAUCGGUGUGCUGCGCAAGUGGCUCAACACCAGUGCAGUCAAGGAUGCGUUGCAUGUCGCGCAAAAUGCAUUUUUCUUUCUGGGUGACAAUGGUGUUGGCUUUACGUACAACUCCACCCAGCCGAGCUUGGUACCUUGGUAUCAGCAGAUCGUGCCACAGAACAAGUUGCGCAUUUUGAUCUACAAUGGUGAUACAGACCCAGGCCUCAACAGCUUCUAUGCGCAGAACUGGACUAGGGCCGUGGGUGCCCCCGAAGAGCAGCCAUGGCGGCCAUGGACGAGGGAUGGCAAAAUCAAGAUGGGUGGAUAUGUUACGCGCUACCAGAACAAGUUUGACUUUGUGACCGUUCGGGGAUCGGGGCACAUGGUCCCAGAAUACAAACCGGAAGCGGCCUUUGUGAUGAUGCGCUCCUUCCUGAGCGGCGACGACUAUCCUGGCUACUCUCCUCCUAAGCCGAAAUCUAAGUUGAGGCCCUUGGUGAUGCCUCACAUCCCAAAGCUGCCAAGCUCCCACUCUGCGCCGGUGGUCUUUCAGGGCUUUCUAAAGGUCGUGAAAGCCCUGGAAAACGUGGUUGAGGGCGACAUGGAGGAAUGUCUUGAUGAUAUUUCCGCGUGGGAGAACAGCCUGGAAGAAGAAGAUGAAGGAAUUCCAGAGGAGCCAGGGACAAGUCCCUCCGAAUCAGCGCCAUCGUCGCCCAAGCCAUCGUCGCCCAAGCUUCUGAGACUUCUCUCCCCAGGCAUGUUGGAGCACUCGACCAGUGGGAGGUGA